AUUUGCCAAAUACGUCUACCAUUUGGUUUUCUGCCCAGGUGUUUGCACAAUAAUUAAAAGAAUAAUAAUAAUUAUAAAAUCAGCUCCAUGUGGCCUGAAGGAAAGAGAUGAGGUGUAUUAUGAGCAAAAGAUGAGAACAGAAUGUCUAGCUCAUUUCUCAUGCUAAUGAUGAAUGAAUUGUGUGCUGUAUCGAGUUCUUUAUCAGCGUCCUUUGUUAAGUUGAAUCGACAUGGUGACUGUAACCAACAAACAGAUCUUCAGCAGCUGAGAAAAAUGAGUGGUGAAACUGAAAACAGUUUCGUGUAACUACAGGUUUAAUAAUGUCUGUAAGCACUCAGUGAGAGUUGGUUAAUUUUUACGCAAGUGUCUGAAAUGGAACAUCUGGGAGAGUUCGGUUGUUGUGAUUGUAACAUGGUAUUUCGCUCUCUGGGCCUUUUGGACAAACACAAGUCCCGGUUCUGUAUAGGAAGUUCCAUCGGAGACCCGACAGUGCUGAGGCGAGGACAGGAGGAAGUCUCCAAGGCUGAAAAGUUGGAUCAGGGGGCAUUACGCCCCAGAAAGACAAAGACUCCUGAUCUGAUUCAUUUGAGAGAGCAGAGAGAAAAACUGCUAAGGCAGACUGACAGACGAGAGACCCACAGAGAGCCCAGUGUGACUGACUGUCUGGCUUUUAACCAGCUCGCCCGUGAGUUUCAUAAGCUCAGGGUGUCUGUUAAAGAGAGUCUCCCCAGAAGACACAAAGAGGAAAUGUAUCCAGGCAGACAGCAGGCUAAUGGAGACAAACUUCAGGAAGUGUGCAAACUCCAUGAGCAGAAGCUGUCUGAGAUUCGGGCGCACACAUUCGAGCUGGAGCAACAGAGAAAGGAGAUUGAACGUCAGAUGGCCCUGGUUGGGCAUGAUGGAACGGCUCAACUGAAGGAGAUGCUGCAUGAGCUGAAAGAGCAGGAAGAGAGAAAUGAGGAGGUUCUGUACCGACUCAGCACUCGGAUCAAUGCACUACAGGGGGUGAAAGAUACUAAUAUUACAUCAGAGCAGCUAGACGACAGAAAGACACAACAUAUCAACUUUGACCUCAUCUCCUCUGUGGAUGGUCCUUUAUCCAGCCAGAUCAGAUCUUUACAUCUAGCCUAUGUACAGUCCGGUGGUGUGGAUCCAGAGGUUCUGGCUCAGCUGUAUGACCUGCAGGCUGAGGCACACACACUGGAGCAGAGCGGACCUGCAGCUGAGGAGCAGACAAGGAAGAAAAGACGAAUGAAGACUUCUCACCCAGCUUUAGACUCAAGUAUAAUAGCAGUGGAGAACAGGAACCAGCAACUGGAGGAACAGAUCAUUAAAUUGCAGAUAGACAGAGAGAGAUGCAGAGGAAGAGCUGCUGUUUCAGAGCUCGAUCUGAUCCAGAGGCAUCACAACUCUCAGGUUGCCAGCCUGCAGGCUGAGAUCUCCAACCUGAGAAGAGAAGUGGAGAAAACCACAGAGAGAAAAACUCAUCUUCCUGUUCAUGAAUACAGUUCAUGGGAGCGUUCCCUAAUGGACAGACGUGUGUUUGACACAGUGGACUUUCUUGCUCCUGCUCCAUAUGAUCCCGUGUCUGGAUUUGCGAUCUUCUAUGACAUGGUCCUUGGAUUGGAUGCCAUGUUCAGAACAGUUCACCUGGUAACCAGGCUGUACUCUGGGGGGCAAGAAAUCGGGCGGCCCAUCCUCAUGCCACCUGUCCACUGCCGGCCUGCUGGGGCUUUAACCGCUACACUGAGGGGCCAUGCUGAAAACUACGCCUUACUAGCUGUCAAACAGCCUGUGCACAGGAUGCAGCCAUCUUCAUCUCUCUACUUGGUGGUGGAAGUUCAGAUUGCUGGCAGAUUUGAAUCAUAUGAUCAACAGAUGCAAGGCUGGUCCAAGCUGCAGCUCUUUGACAAUCACAACCAGGUCCAGAGUGGAUUCUGGAAACUUCCUUUUCGCACUCUGCCUGUGAGGCCUUCCCUCAGCCCAGGCCAACUCAACUCUGUACCUCAGUUGGGAAACAUGGAGAUCUGCCUUCGCUUAGUUAAUGCUCGGGAUGGAGAUGUACAGUCACUUGCUAAGAUCGAUCCUAACAAUAGCAGGCAGUACAAAUACCCUCCAGUGGUCAUCUCACACUCAAACACUGACAUGGAAAGACAAAGAUCCCAGCCAAAAACAUCACAACGUUCAUCCAAUCCCUUUCUUCCAUCAUUGCCUCAAACCAAUCGUGUGGAUCCUCCCCCUAAGGACCCUGAUCCAAGGAGAGAAUGAGAAAUGAACCACAAACCAAUCACACUUGUUGAUUUUCAUGAUGUGUUUUGGGUGCAUUCUAAUUAUGACAUAUUUACAUCAUCGCUCUGAUAAAUGCUUGAUUGUUAUUGUC